CGUUGGCUGUCGCCAUUUUGCGCUCUCUAUACUCCCAUUAAUUUAAUUCAAAACCCAGACGUAUGAACAAAAAACUCCGAUGAAUCAUUCUUGAGAAGACCCUCUUGCUUGCUUGUGGGUGCUGGAAGUUAUCGCCGGUUGGAAGGAAACCUCCCCUCUUGCCUCGCCUCGCCUGGAACCGCUCUUCCGACCGCGGAAAUCGUCGUCAUCCCCUCGAAAAACGUGCGCAGCACACGAUUCUGUUCGAAUCCUCAACUGGGUGUUGUUCUUUUUCGUCGUUUCCCUCGCGUGUUCUCCGGCCGCAACCGAUUUGGAUGAGGUUAUACAGUUGUCCGCACGAAUGGUACGUUGUUCUGGAGUUUGUCUUUCGUCCACGCCGUUCGAUUCUUGGAUUUUGGGCAACCCCUUGAUCGUUGAUGUCAGUUUCUGAUAAGGAGAUAUCUAGUCCUGGGGGUAACGUCAUCGUUGAUGAUGGUAAUGUUGGUGAUGGAGAGAACAAGGAUGAUGGUAAGAGCGAUGAUGGUGGAGAUGGUGGAGUUGGGGUCUCUGUCGCGCAUGAGAAUGAUCAGAGGAGAGAGAGGGGUUGUGGGUGUAUGCCGCGAUGGAAUCUUGCCAAGGUUAGGAAGGCUUUUGGGUCUUCAUCCAACUGGAAAUCAUCGAGACGACGCAGGAGAAGGAAGGGUAAAGGUUGUGGUUUCUGCUUUAGCAGGCCCGAAACUGUGGAAUCGCCGGCCGAGUCUCAUUUCAGCGAUCCCGAGGAUCCGGCUUUCACGCAUGAGAUGCUGAGGGAUUUGUUGGAGAGGAAUGGUUUUUACUCUAGGGAAUGCAAUACCCACUUGGACAUCCAUUUCGCUUCGUGUGAGCAUAGAUAGGGAAGAGUCAUUAGGCCUCUUGCUUGGUCUGCACUUUUGGCCUUGGUUCUCGCCUCGCUUUUCCGGAGGUGCUAUGAGCUUGGUGUAAGGAUUGUAUAGUUGAGAGGAAUACUCAGGGCAUGGAAAAUCUGUCUUCUGAAAUGAUUAUGGUAGAUUAGCUGUCCGCGUCAAUGCGGAAGAAUUGAAUUCUUUGUAUUCUUUUUAAAUUGUUGAGCUAUACUUUUAUGAGGAGAUUUGAGCAUAUUUCUGCCAAAGAUAUACUAAGGGAAUACUUGUUUGUGAAACUUUUGGAUCAAUACUGCAAUGGGAAAGACUUCUAUGUCCAGUAGGUUGGGGUAGUA